GCAAGUGGUUACUGAGAGUUGCUGUCUUUCUUUUUUUAAUGUACCAUAAAUAUGAGAGGAAACAUGAGCAGGAACAUUUUUCUCUGGGUAAUUCUUCUUAUUCUGUCAUCUACAACAGCUGGUGAAACAUGCAGAGGAAAGUGUGGCCGUGUAUUGGAGGAAUGCUCCUGCCAUGCGAAAUGUUUGUCUCUGUUAAACUGCUGUGCAGAUUACAACCAGUCCUGCUUCCAGGUGAGGCCUCAGUCCAGCUCCAUGCUGGGGGGAAGAGCUCUCCAGGUCCUCGGCCUGCUCCUUCACCCGGGUGGACGGCUUCUCUGCAGGUUCAAAGGUGAAAUUGUUCGAGAGGGGUUUAUUGAUGAGGAGGGCCACGCACACUGCAUCUCUCCUCUGCUGUAUGAGACGGGUUGGACACCAUUUGAGGUCUCGACAGAUGGAGUACAUUUUGACAGAUCCGGAGAGUACUUGUCAGUCCACCCCAGCAAAGCCGACCCGAGUCUUGAGGUCACCCUGGUGAACGCAACACAGUGGCAGAACUAUGGCACGCCGAACGUGGCGGGACGACUUGCAAUGACAUGGAACCCCACGUUAAUCAAGGCGGAAAAGGUCAGCAUAGAGCUGUGGGCCUACAGGGAGGUCAACGGGAGCGCGGCGCCAGGGACGUCCUCCCCGCAGGCCCAGCUGAGCUAUCUGUACUCUCUCGGCAGGAACCUGCCAAACACUGGUGUCUUCGCUUUUGUUCCUGAGCCAAAAGCAGACUUCUCUGACUGGGAGUUAGGGAAUAUCCGCAUCACUGCCAGCUCUAAAUCAGAGGGAGAAAGGGAUGUGCAGGGACUCUGGAGUGGGGGUCACGUGUUGGCGUGGCACCUGGAGCAGUCGUUCAGAGACGACUCUUCAGCCUGGGCGCUGGACAAAUGUCUGCAGUGGGAUGUCCUGGAGAAGACGCUGCCUGACUUCCUGAACGAGCUCAUUGGCUGUCCUUGCACAUUGGCCCAGGCCCGGGCUGAUACGGGCAGAUUUCACACUGACUACAGCUGUGACGUUGAGAGGGGCAGCGUGUGCACUUAUCACCCUGGGAGUGUCCACUGUGUACGAGCAGUUCAAGCCAGCCGCGCUCAAGGCUCAGGGCAGCAGUGCUGCUAUGACGGGACGGGGGCGCUGGUGCUGACGGGGGACUCCGUCGGCGGCGGCACGCCGGACAGGGCCCACGACUGGGGCGCUCCUCCGUACCGGGAGCCCCCUCGGGUGCCCGGGUAUUCCCACUGGCUCUACGACGUCACGAGUUACCACCACUGCUGCCUGUGGUCCAGUAACUGCCACGUCUACCUCAACCGCCGGCCUUCGGCGGGAUGUCUCAGCUACCGGCCACCGCGAGCAGGUGUCGUCCUCGGGGAUCUGCAUUUCAUAACAUUUGAUGGCGUCAGAUACACUUUCAGCGGGAGAGGAGAGUAUCAUCUUGUGUCGUCGCCGGACAGAGAGCUGAGUGUUCAGGCCAGAACGGAGCAGGUGAAACUCGAUGAUGGUUCUUCGGCUGGAACCACACAGCUGUCAUCAGUGGCCAUGAAGGAGAAGACCUCUGAUGUCAUCGAAGCACGCCUGGUAGACGACUCUCUUCAGGUGUUGAGGAACCAGAAGAUCCUCUCCUUCAGUGAGCAAAGACUGAUGGAUCUGAAGGGUGUGUUUGUGUUCGCCCCCGGUCCUCAGGAUGUGACGGUGAUGUUUCUCUCUGGUGUCGGUGUGGAGCUUCGCGUCCACGAAGGAGCCAUGGUAGCCACCGUCCUGCUUCCAGAAGACUUCUCCAACCGGACCACGGGUCUCCUCGGCGUCAUGAACUCUGACCCCUCAGAUGACCUUCUGACCCCGUGUGGAGAGGUCGUCUCCUCGGCCGACACCACCAUGGAGGAACUCUUCACCUUCGGGGCUGGAUGGAACAUUUCAAAGACAUCUUCUCUUUUCACAUAUGACACAAACUACCUUUUGGAUUCGUACUGGUUCCCCCCGAGCCAUGACCCCGCCUUCGUUCCUGCCUUCGCUCUGCCCGAGAGCCCCGAUGACCCUUUGGUAGCCGACAUGUUGUCAGUGUGCUCGGGCGAAGGGGCGCAGCUCUGCAAACACGACACCCUGAUCACCCGGAGCCUUGCGCGGGGAAACGCCGUUCUCAAGGCGUACCAGCGCCACCGGGCUCUAGUGAGCGCCCUGGAGCCAGUGGUGUCCUGUGGCUGGGUUCCCGCACCCAGGAAUGGGAGGAAGAACGGGACACAUUACCUGCAGGGGAACACCUUGAGCUUCACUUGCAAUGAAGGCUACAUGCUGUACGGGUCAUCGCAGCGCACCUGUACGGACGGAGGGACCUGGACCGGAGAGCAGCCUUACUGUUUAACAGAGGAUCAUGUGGGGUUUGUACUCGGCGCUGGCGGAUCCCUGGCAGCGUUGGUUGUGAUGGGAGUCAUGAUCACACUGCACAACAGGAAAACAGACAGGAAGAAAAAGCCGAAAGGCGAAUCACACGAGAUGGUGCCCACAGCUCAGACUUGCUAAACCCACGAAGCGCUCUCGGACUGCAGAACAUCUGCAAGACCAAAGUCAACAGCCACGACCGUUUGGAUGACCUUCCUCUCUUGACCUCUCGACCUCAUCAGGAAAACGUCUCACAUUAGCCUUUUGCUGUUUUGGUUUUGGCUCAUGAUUUUUCCCCUUGUUUAGUCUGGAAAUGCUCCAGUUUGUGGUAAAUGGCGCAUGGGGUGACGACAGAGGGAACUGAAGCCAAGGAAAAGAAUGUUUUUAUAUCCCUGUUUUGCAUGACUGAGCGCUCGAUCUUCACUAGAAAGACUACUGUCUAACAACUACGCAGAGAUAUCAUCAUUAAAAUCAACAUGUCCUUCUCUCCUCUAGUCUAAAAUAGGAGUGUGUGUUCACACCCGCGUCAGAUGUGAAGUGAACCUCAUCGUUUCUCGGUUGAAAACCUCUGAACUCGCGCACAGCCUUUGUGUGGACUCGUGGGCUUCAGUCAAAUGAAGGGCUUUGCUGAGUGACUGAGCCCGAAAAAAAAUGCUAAAAUGUUACAAUGAGGUCAACGUUUUUACACUUUUUUUUUUUUUUUUUUUUACUCGGGCUCCAAAUCUGUGCACGGCAGUGUAUGAAAGCGAAAUAAUUAAAGAAAAAUCU